GCCAAAUAUGCAAAUAAAUAUUUUAUAUAAACAGACACUAAAACAAGACCGAGACGUAUAAAGAAAGUGUGGGCGUAGGCAUUUAGAGAAAGUUCAGUGAUUGGUUUAAACUUUCUAAAGACUCUAACCAAUCGGCGAGAGGCAAGCUUGCUUAAAUAGCACGUUGACUUAGAUUAACCUGUAUCUAUCUUCUAGAAAGCAGUAAAUUCUUAUAACGAAAAUGAGUGGCAGAGGCAAAACCGGUGGUAAGACCAGAGCAAAGGCUAAGACUCGUUCAUCCAGAGCCGGGCUUCAGUUUCCCGUCGGCCGUGUUCACAGACUUCUUCGCAAAGGUAACUAUGCAGAGCGCGUUGGUGCUGGAGCCCCAGUUUAUCUCGCCGCUGUGCUCGAGUAUCUUACUGCUGAGAUCCUGGAGUUGGCUGGAAACGCCGCUCGUGACAACAAGAAGACUCGCAUCAUUCCCCGCCAUUUACAGCUGGCAGUGCGUAACGACGAGGAGUUGAACAAACUCUUGGGUCGCGUGACCAUCGCUCAGGGCGGUGUGUUGCCCAACAUUCAGGCUGUGUUGCUGCCAAAGAAGACCGAGAAGCCCGCUAAAGCAAAGUAAACUGUCCAGUUUUCCAAACUGAAACAAAGGCUCUUUUAAGAGCCACCCACCUGAACUAAAAAGGAGGAAUUUCGUUAAAUUAUUGGUCUGUUUACGUUUAAUAACAUGGGGAAUAAACUUCAUAGUUUUGCAAAACCAAAUGCUUUUUUCAGAAUAACUAGAAUUUAAAAAUAAGGCAACGUUAUUAAAUCCCUUCUAAACCAUCAUACAAUUUCACGACACCAACAUUUAUAACACUCAAAACAAUGAAUACAGUGUUGGCGCAAGAUUACAGAGAUAUGCAGGUCAAUGAAUGCCUAAAUUUUGACUACUGAUAAGUCGUCUGGUGGUGGCUGGUUUGAGUAUGUAUUUUAAAGAAAUCUUUACAGAACAUUAAAGUAUUUGACCGUAUUUAAGCUUUAUUAGCGAUAUCGUUACACAAAAACAGCUUGAACAACUGCCUUUAGGUGAGGUGGAAUAAGACAAAAGAUUUCGAGCGGGAAACUCAAAAUUGCGCCUUCUGCUUGUUUAAAAACACGAGACGCACCACCAUUGGCUGUUUAAGCUAACGUUACACACUAGCUAAUCAUAUGCUACUGUACACUGUCGCCGCCCUCUGAGGUCACAGUCGACCUGUCUUUAAAGUCAGCCUAAAGAGACCGUUUCUACAUUUUGUGUCGCAAGGAGAAUAGUUUAA